CAAAUGGAUGAAAUUGAUUAAGUAGAUAUGUAAACAAUUGAUUUCACUGGGCCGAAGAAAACUACAUCAGUGUAAAAGAAUAGCAUUUAAUCGUUGUUAGUUGUUUAUUAUCCAUUCGUCGAUCGUCGUUCAGAAAACUGCUAAGCCAAUAGCAAGGGAUCCACUAUUUGAGCUAAACAAUUUCGACUUUCAAUUGAAUCAUUCAAUUUGAAGAUGGCGAAGCUACCCCAGAUCGCCAUUCUUGGAGCUGGUACAUUCGUCAAGACACAGUACCUUCCUAGACUAGCCGAGAUCUCUGAUCUUCUAAUUGUUAAGGCUAUAUGGAGUCGCACCGAGGCAUCAGCUAAAGGUGCCGUCGACAUUGCGAGAAAGUACUUCCCGACGGUGGAGUGUAAGUGGGGUGAUGCGGGUCUUGAUGAUAUCAUUCAAGACAAUUCAAUUCUUGGAGUUGCGGUUGUAUUAGCUGGACAAGCUCAGGUUGAAAUGUCAUUGAGAUUGCUCAAAGCAGGGAAACAUGUCCUCCAAGAGAAACCAGCAGCAGCCUCCACAAGCGAGUUGGAAUAUGCACUUUCAAACUACAACUCUUUAAGUGCCAAUUUUCUCCGUCAACCACUAUGGGCUGUGGCAGAAAAUUAUCGAUUUGAACCGGCAUUGGUUGAGUGCAAAAACUUAAUUGCUGACGUUGGGGAUAUGAUGAGCGUCCAAGUGAUUGUUGAAGGAUCAAUGAAUAGUUCGAACCCCUACUUCUCAAGCUCUUGGCGGCGCGACUUUGCUGGCGGUUUCAUUCUGGAUAUGGGCGUACACUUUAUUGCUGGAUUACGGAUGCUUGUUGGAUGUGAGGUGGUAUCAGUGUCAGCGACUACCUCCUAUGUGGACAAGUCUUUACCUCCGCCAGAUAACAUAUCCUCGCUCUUCCAACUGGAGAAUGGAUGUUCAGGUGUUUUUGUAAUGGUAGUCUCCUCAAAAUCACCCAAGAUAUUCUGGCGAGUUGUGGGAUUAAAGGGAACGCUGCAGAUUGAGCGUGGGAACCAGGAUGGGAAACAUGGCUAUCUGGUUUCCUUCACUGAUGCUAGUGGACUGAAUAGAUGCACUUUCCAUCCAUUCAGUGGAGUUACUGAAGAACUAAAAACUUUUAUUCAUGCUAUUUCUGCGGAGGGGAGUGAUGAUAAAGCUGAUGAUCGUAUAUCUUUCAUCGAGGGUGCUAGAGAUGUCGCAGUGCUAGAAGCAAUGCUUGAAUCUGGAGCAAAGCAUGGAGCUCCUGUUCAAGUGAAAAGAUUUUAACUUUAGAAUACCUUGAUUAGCAUGGUGUUUGUUAACAAAAUUAGGUAACAUUAGUGUAGCUAUGUCCAAUUAAAACUGCAUUUUUUGAGAAACCGAUCAGCUAUGUUUCUGAAACAUCUCAAACUGCAUUCAAGAAAGACUUGACUUGCACUUACUUUUCAUAUUUACUUUCUUCCAUUCAUCUGAUUAUUUAGUUGUAAUAAAGAAGAGGCUUGAUCUACAA